CAUGUCCAUCAACAACUAAAACGAUCAAAUGAGUUAGUGUCAAUUGGAUCAAAUAGAUACUGAUUAGUAUUUAGUGAUUAGCUUGAUUGGAUUUUAAUCUUACUGAUGAACUCAAUCAACUCAGAUAUACUUGAUCUAGCAAAAUCUAUUACCGAGAAGCUAGAACAGCCGUCAGAUUCGGAGGUAGAAUUCGAAAUAAAAUCUCCUACAAAAAAUAAACUGAAAGUAGAGCACGUUUUUAAAACUCCUCAACUGCCGCUAUCAGCAGUUCCUAAGAGCAAUAUUUCCCUUACAUCUUUCGAUACACGAUUAGAUAGUAUGAGCAAUGAAAAUGAAAACGCCAGUAAAAGUGACAAUGCAGAGAAAAACUCUGAUAAACUAUUACCUUCACAAUUUUCUGCAAUGAAACAGACUGAAAUAAACUCAACUAAUUUCAUGUCAUUAGAAGAUAUUGAAGAAGAUGAAGAACUUUGGUUAAUUAUGGCACCAAAAGAUUGUAAACUGAAGAAACAGAAUGUUGAAAUGGAAGGACGUCAUGAAUUAAAGGGUGGCAAGUUUGAAAUAGAAUUUUUCAGGAGUGAUUCAGAGAACAAUAUGGUAACGCUUUUGUGUGACAAUGAAAAUUUAGUUUCUGGUCCUCAUUUUAAAGGAUGUGUACAAAUAUCAGAAAAACUUCAAUCUUUCUCUCCAAUAUAUCAUGAUAUUUUGAAAAAAGAAAACCCGAUACCAAGUGGGUUGAAACAAAGAUAUGUUCCCUUUGGAGCAGACAUUGAUGGUGCAAGAUACAAAAAAGAUAGAGAUAAGCCUACUUCUUCAGCAUCUGAAGGUCUUAAAAACAAAACCAAUACUCUUAAUACAGAUAUUAAAUCUAAUGUCAUAGAGUCUUCAUUCACUGAUGGAAGACUAUUUUCAGAGAUAUCAAAAGAUAAAAAAGAAAAGAGCAUCUUAAAAAGGAAGCACAGUGAUAUUCCUGCUUCAGAUGUAAAUAGUGUAACUGAUUCUCUAGAUACUGAAAUUACUGGAACUUCUGAGAUUUCUAAGAAAAAGAAGAAAAAGAAAAGAAAAAGUCUACAUGAUGAUAUUAAUGAAUAAAUAAUUUCUUUAUUAA